CUCUCUUUUUCUCCAGGGUAUUCUCGUAACAUCCUCUAUAAUUUCUACUAUAAAGCAGAACCUCGAGCCCCGAGUUCCUCACAAUUCCGAUAAUAGCAAUCAGCCAAUACAAAAAAAUCCCUGAAAAAUCUCUUUCAAUUCUCAAUCACUCGAUAUGCAGAUUUUUGUGAAAACUCUCACUGGCAAGACCAUCACCCUCGAGGUGGAAAGCUCUGACACAAUCGACAAUGUAAAAGCUAAGAUCCAGGACAAGGAAGGGAUUCCCCCAGAUCAGCAAAGGUUGAUCUUUGCUGGGAAGCAACUAGAGGAUGGACGCACACUCGCUGACUACAACAUCCAGAAGGAGUCCACCCUCCACUUGGUGCUUCGACUUAGAGGUGGUAUGCAGAUCUUUGUGAAGACUUUGACUGGGAAGACCAUCACCUUGGAGGUGGAGAGCUCCGACACCAUUGAUAAUGUCAAGGCCAAAAUCCAGGAUAAGGAGGGCAUCCCUCCAGACCAACAGAGGCUCAUCUUUGCUGGCAAGCAGCUCGAGGAUGGACGUACUCUAGCUGACUACAACAUCCAGAAGGAAUCCACCCUUCACUUGGUGCUCCGCCUUCGUGGUGGUAUGCAAAUUUUUGUGAAGACUUUGACUGGGAAGACCAUCACCUUGGAGGUGGAGAGCUCCGACACCAUUGAUAAUGUCAAGGCUAAAAUCCAAGAUAAAGAGGGCAUCCCUCCAGACCAACAGAGGCUCAUCUUUGCUGGCAAGCAACUCGAGGAUGGGCGCACUCUCGCUGAUUACAACAUCCAGAAGGAGUCCACCCUUCAUUUGGUGCUUCGCCUCCGUGGUGGUAUGCAGAUCUUUGUCAAAACCCUCACUGGGAAGACUAUAACCCUGGAAGUUGAGAGCUCGGACACCAUUGACAAUGUGAAGGCCAAAAUCCAAGAUAAGGAGGGGAUCCCACCUGACCAGCAAAGGUUGAUCUUCGCUGGAAAGCAGCUUGAAGAUGGAAGGACCUUAGCUGAUUACAACAUUCAGAAGGAAUCCACUCUUCACUUGGUGCUGCGCCUUCGUGGAGGAAUGCAAAUCUUUGUCAAGACCCUGACUGGAAAAACCAUCACCCUGGAGGUUGAGAGUUCAGACACCAUUGAUAAUGUGAAGGCUAAAAUCCAGGACAAGGAGGGGAUUCCACCAGACCAGCAGAGACUGAUCUUUGCUGGGAAGCAGCUUGAAGAUGGAAGGACCCUGGCAGAUUACAACAUACAGAAGGAGUCCACUCUACACCUUGUGCUUCGCCUCCGCGGUGGUUUCUAAGCUGGUGAUGAAUCUGUGAAGUUUCUGAAUUACUAUGUACGUUUGCUGUUUUGCUAUUGUUUUCCAUGUCUGGUUUAAAGAAGUGGGAAACUUGUCUUUGAUUCUCUGCAAUAAAUUUCAUCUUUUGAACAAA